CCAGACAGCGUCUAAAAGCACGUCCAGAAUUUGCAAGAUUUCUUCGAGCAUGAUCGAUAAAGAGAAGUCCCCGCAUCCGUUUCUUAGCGUCACUUCUAAGUACUGAACUUCCAAACCACUAGGCCUGGCCUGAUCCAUGCAACUGCAUGGUGCAUAAGUCUAUCUGCAAUGAAUCUGGAUGGGGAAGAUUAUGUGGAGCUUGAUUGAGAAAGAGAGAGUCUGUAUUGCAAGAUGGGCGGAGCGGUGGAAUUGGCCGCUGAGAUGCGUUGCCUAAUCAGACCUGCAAAUUAAAGGGCAACUUUGAGGGACAGACGCUUGUUUGAAUCAACCCCCGUGGUGACUGUUGCGGAUAGUUUGCGAAUUCCACUCCAAAAGUGCCGCCUGAGAUGGAGAGGUUCCUGUGCGACAAACUUGUCGAUCCAAGCCAACCGAUAGCCGAGAGAUUCAGGGCACUCUUCUCACUCCGAAAUCUCAGUGGGUCAUCAGUUCGAGAUGCCCUCAUUCUAGCGAUGAGAGAUUCAUCAAAUCUUCUUGCCCAUGAGUCUGCAUUUGCAUUAGGUCAGAUACAGGAUGUGGAAGCAGUCCCAGCUUUGGAGAAGGUUCUCAAUGAUCUUUCUGUUCACCCUAUUGUCCGCCAUGAGGCAGCUGAAGCACUUGGUGCAAUUGGUUUAGUAAGCACCAUUCCAAUUUUGAGAAGAAGUUUAGUUUCUGAUCCUGCAGAGGAAGUUCGUGAAACAUGUGAACUUGCUCUCAGACGAAUAGAAGUGCAAACGAGCAUAGAUAACGGUUCUGAGACAUCUUCAGAAGUUGAAUCACCAUUUCUGUCAGUUGAUCCUGCCUUGCCGAUGUCUCAAAAUUUUUCUGUAGUCCAACUGAGAGAAGUCAUUUUAAAUGAAAAAGAAGGCAUAUAUGAACGCUAUGCUGCUCUGUUUGCCCUUAGAAAUCAUGGAGGGGAAGAAGCCAUUUGUGCUAUUAUUGCCUCUUUGGGUGCUAGAAGUGCUCUUCUGCGGCAUGAGGUGGCAUAUGUGCUGGGGCAACUACAAGACAAAGCUGCUUCUAUUGCACUGUCAGAGGUACUUAAAAACAUCAAAGAGCAUCCAAUGGUCAGGCAUGAAGCUGCUGAAGCUCUUGGCUCUAUUGCAGAUCAUGAUAGUGUUGCACUUCUUGAGGAAUUCACAAGAGAUCCUGAACCUAUUGUUUCCCAGAGUUGUGAAGUUGCACUCAGCAUGCUAGACUUUGAAAGAUGUGGCAAGCCAUUUGAGUUUUUUUACAUGCAGGCACCAGAAGUGGCAUAGGCUUGGUUUCAUGUAUAAUAUGACCCCAUUGACCUUAGUCAACAAUGUGAGUUUUGUCUUGGCUGCUGACCUGUAGUGUGUCUUCUCUUCUGCCCUUUGACUAUCCUAUGGGUUCUGUAAGAAAAGUUCUUAGGUCUGGAUUGGACUUGGACUAUGAACAAGUGGAUCUUACGAUGAUGUGGAUUACAGUUUGUUAGUACAUAGAAGCUUGUCCGCUUUUGUAUAUGUAGGUCUUCCGUGCAUGGCACUUAGAACGACAUUAAAGAGUGUAGGUGGCAUAUGUUAAUCUGUUCAGAGUGCGCGGUGAGAAUAUCUCUGGUAAAGUUGUGUUAGUGGAACCUUGAGACUCCUCUUAUGUUAUCAGCCCUUUGAUUUUGAA